GUGAAGGGCACCCAGACCCCGGGCGGUCCAGGAGAGGCGGGCCCGCUCGACCAGGAGAUCGCCGGGCUCGAGGAGACCGCCGAGGGCCCCGCGCUCGAGGCGCGGCUGGCGCGGCUGGAGGGCAGGGCAGCUCGUGGAGUGGCGAGGCAGGGCACGCCCAAGAACGCUGCGCGCCCGGCAGGAGCCAUAGGCGAGCGCCUGGCACAGGAGGUUGCUGGCCGAGCCGCCGCUGCUGCCCCAGCGCGCACUGGCGCCUCGAGGAGGAGGAGCAGGCCAGCAUCGGCCGUGACCACGGCACUCCUGGACCGCGACGACGACGACGUGGAGGACGGCGUGGAGAGCGACACAGAGCGCCUUGGGGGCUGCGACCGCUACCAGGGCGUGAGCUGCAAGCGCGACUUGUUCGGCUGGAUCGCUCGACAGCGGCCCGACGCUCUCCUCGUGAAUGGGCUUGGCCACCUGUGCAGCCAGUUCACUCAGCAGUUGUCCGCAGGCGAGGCCGACCUGCUGGCCCCAGGUGUCACACAGUUCCUGUACACGGGGCUCUUCGUUGCUCACCCGCCGCGGACGCUGGGGGCAGUCGAGGGGCGGGUCCUCCGGCCGCCAGGGCUGGCGCUCGACGGCAUCGUGCGCAGGGAGGUCAUCAAGACUGCGGAUCUGGUCAUGCUGAGGUUCAAGGCGCGGUCGAUGGGCAUCCGCGACGGGAACUGGCAAUCGGCGCGAUGGCUCACGCUGGUCUCGCAGGAACAGCUUCCGUCAGGCACCUCUCUGGGCGAAGAGAACGCUGCCGAGAAGGUCGAGGCCCGGGAGCUGAAGGUCGCCGAAUUCCGCCAGCGACUUGCAGACCGCAGGACCAGCUGCAGCCCCACGCGGUCGGACCAGCUCCUGAGCGACUUCGAGGGGGACCUCGACGCAACUGCCGCCGCCCGCGUGCCACCAGCGGACGCGGCUAUGGGCCGGGGCUUCGCGCAGCACAAGGCGGCCCACCCGAGGCGCGAGGGCGAGACCCAGGACAGCCCGGGGUCAGGCGUGAGGACCGACGCUGCGGAGGCCGCGGCCUCGCGCACGCCCCCGCCUGCCCUCCGUCCGCCUGAGCGGCAGCUGCGCGGCAGCUUGCAGCCGCGGCGGUGGCGCCAGAUGCCAGCCGAGGUGGGCGCAGGUGUCAGCUCCAAGUUCAGGCUCCCUCUCGCGGUCCACGAGGCGGUGCACGGUUUGCCAGGGGCGAUCGGGCGGUGUGGUUGUGAGAUGUGCACUUCGCCAGACCCCACGGCCAGCUUCGCGCGGCUGCGCGAGGUGUUGCCGUUACCGUUGCCCGAAGCCCCACUCUUCGAGAGGCACCGUGCCGCCUGGUACUUGCACCAGCAGUUGUCGGAGACCUGCGAGGUGGACGCCGCCGCGGCGCAGGGGCGGGCCCUGCUCGUGAACUUCAGCCUGAACUACUCGUACAUGGGGCACAUGCGUUGUCCAACCGACGCCGCAGUGCGGCCCACGGCAGGUCUGGUCAGUGCGCUCGGCAUUGUGCAGGAGGGGUGUGCGAACUUCGUUCAGGAUCCUGCCGCAGCGAUCGAGCUCCCGGACUGGGACCAGGUCAUCGCGUCGAAGACCGUCUCCCACGGGGGCAAGGUGAUGUCCCGCGCCCCGCCGCUCUCGCUUGCAGGCAACAUGCCAGGCCUCCCCGCGCAGGGCGACCCCGCAUCGGUCAAGGCGGUCGACCUCGCGGACGCUCAGGCGGGCGCCGGGCGUGCCGGCCCCACGCUGGCUUUGCGCCCUCGGGAUGAGUCGCCUGCCGAGGUCCCGCAAGCGGCGAUCCAGGUCACGUCCAAGCAGGAGUGGUACCGCAUCGGGACCAAGCUUGUCAAGCUGGGGCUGGCUGCGCCGAUCGCCGACGACCGCAUCUUCAAGGUCGGGAGCCGCAGGGUGCUCGCUGGGGCGUUCAGGGUCGCCCAGGGCGGCACGCGGUCACCCGGCCAGGCGUGCGUCCAGCGCCUGAUCAUCAACAUGGUCUCGGCCGACAGCUACCAGCGCAUCAUGGAGGGGCACAUGCUGCUCGGGUCCUCAGAUGACCUGGCCUCCGCUUUCUACGGCUGCGAGCUGCCCGAGGCUUGGCAGCCACACAUGGCCCUCGCAGAGGCGAUCCCAAACGAGCUCAUCGGUGUGCCGGGUCCAGGGAAGACACACCUCGCGCUGCUCGUUUUCCCGUUGGGCUGGAUCAUAGCGGACACGGAGUUUCAGCACUGCCACAGGCGCCUCGGGGGCGGCGCUCGCCCCCUCGCUGCAGGGUUUCCUGCGGAUCUCGAGUGGCACAGGGACCGCCAACAUCCGAUCAAGUCGAAGGAGCUCGAGCAGCAGUGGGUCCAGUACUGCAUCGACGACUGGGACCAUGGCGAGGGGGUGCCCAGCGCGCUGGACGCGGAGCUCAUCGGCACGGUGAGCUGCGCCCCGGAGAAGCAGAGGGCCGCCUACGGCGGCUCGGGGACCAGCGACGCCCCCAGCAAGGUCAAGCGCCGCGCGCUGGUCCUGGUGCAGAUGGGCGCAGGUCUUGACGGGGCCGUCGGCCAGGUCGGAGUCACGGCCGAGAAGCUGCACCGGACGCUCGCGCUCAUCCUGUGCGGCAUGGGCAGACAGGGCCUCUCGACGCAGGGCAUGCUCAUGGUCCUGGGCAGGUGCGUCAGGGCAGCGGAGUUCAGGAGGCCUUCUACGGGGUUCCUCAACAGCGUGGGGGCUGCUGGGUGCUGGACGCGACCGCAGGCUGAUCCCCUUGGAAUGUGCGACGAGCUCUUGGGCUUCGCGAUGGCGCUGCCGCUGGCAUACACCGACCUGCGCGCAAAGAUCGUCAUUUGUGACAUCGCGACCGAUGCCAGUGAGCGCGCUGGGGACAUCUGCCACACGGCUGGGCUCUCGGCGCAGGGCGUUGCCUGCGCGAGGGGAGGAGCUUCAGCAGUGACUUUGCGGCCUGAUGCAGUUGCGGCUCCUGUGCGUGGUGCGCGGUGGCGCCCUCGCUUCGUUCUCAUCGAGCUCUACGCAGGCGGUGCUGGGGCCGCGGUGGAGGCCUCCAGACUCCCGAUCGACAUGAUCGCCCCCGUCAGCUGCGAGGUUGAGCCCGCUGCCUGGCGACUGGUGCGUCGCCGUUGGGCGGGCGUGACCAAGCUUGGCAACGUCGAGGCCGUCGACACGGUGCGGUUCACGGAGAUGCUGAAGGGUUACGCGCGGGACGCCGACCGGGUCGUCUUGAGCGCGGGAAGCCCGAGCCAAGAUCUUGCAAGCAUCAAUGUCGCGGGGACCGACCUAGAGGGGUCGAGGCCGAAGCUCUUCUUCACGGUCCCCGAGCUGACGCAGGCAGCGGAGGUUGCCUGUCCUGAGCGCACCAUGGUGUUUGUCGGGAACGUGUCCAGCAUGACCCUGGAGUCGAGGGCGGAGUUCUCCAGGGCGCUGGGUGUCACGCCCGUGUUCCUCGGGCCCAGGUGUCACGCCCACGUCAAGCGGCCGCGCCUGUACUGGAGCUCGUGGCCCGUCACGGCGUUCACGGCGUCCGACGUCACUGACGAGACCAAAGGCGUGAGGGAGGCCGCGAGCUUCGAGGUUUUGCUUGUGGUGGUGAGGCUCCCACUGAAUGCCUCGGUCUUGGAGGGCUGGUCGACGCUGGACCCAGAGGCGGACCUCCCGUGUUUCACGAGGCCGAUCCCGGGACGCCACCCGCCGUUCCGGCCCGUGGGCCCGGACUGCGCCUCGGUGCUGGCCGCGGGGCGCUGGGCUGCCGACAGCUACCGUUACCAGGUCGACAACUACGUGGACAGCAGCCUCAUCUGGGACGCGAGGCGUCAGCGGGGCCAACUGCCCGUGCCCGAGGCGAGCUGGAACGUGAUCCCCGAUUUCCAGCAGCCAGGCUUGCGCUGGCAGCGGCCCGGGCACAUCUCAGCGCUGGAGCUGGAGGCUGCGGUGGCUGGAGCACGCUGGAGGUGCCGAGCAGGUGAGAGCCACCGCUGCCGCUGCCUGCCCUUUCUGGAUGCCCAACCGGUCACGGCAGUCAGCACCAAGGGCAGAUCGAGCGUGAGGGCUUUGCAGCCCGCGCUCCGCCAGCUCAACUCCCUGCUCCACGCGACGGCCAGGUACCCGCUGUACAAGUACUGGGACGCC